AUUGCUAUAUAAAUUCUAAUGAUGUAUACAUUAUUAUCAUUAUCCGCUUAGUGGCAUGUUGGCGUUUUUUACGUCACGCGUAUCCGUGACGUAUCCGUGUAAAGAUGGCGGAAGUAGAGGAGUCAAGCAAGCCUUUGUUUGCGGGUUUGUCUGACAUCUCGAUCUCAGAGGACAUUCCUGUGGAAGGAGAUAUAUCUGUGCCAGUGGGCUCUCAGAAUGCUGACAAUGAUUUCUCCACCCUGGAUGAGCCUGUCAAAGACACUAUUCUGAGGGAUCUGAGAGCUGUUGGACAGAAGUUUGUCCAUGUGAUGUACCCCAAGAAAAGUUCUGCACUACUCAGAGACUGGGAUUUAUGGGGACCUCUCCUCCUCUGUGUCACUUUGGCCUUAAUGCUGCAGGGUGGGUCUGUUGACAGUGAGGAGGAUGGCAGGCCGCAGUUUGCAGAAGUCUUUGUCAUCAUCUGGUUCGGUUCUGUAAUCAUCACCCUCAACUCCAAACUUCUGGGAGGAACUAUAUCAUUUUUCCAGAGUCUUUGUGUGUUGGGGUACUGUAUUCUCCCUCUGACUGUGGCCAUGAUAGUGUGUCGUAUAGUUCUUCUGGGAAGUUCAGGCCUCGUCAGUUUCAUAGUCCGUCUCAUAGUUGUCACCGCCUCCUUCAGCUGGUCAACAUUUGCCUCCACAGCAUUUCUUGCAGACAGCCAACCACCCAACAGGAAAGCCCUGGUUGUGUAUCCAGUGUUCCUCUUCUACUUUGUGAUAGGCUGGAUGAUUUUAACAUUUUCACCUUCUCAUUAGCAUAUGUACGCCCUACGGCAAUUGGAAAAUGAACUCCUCCCCCUUUGCUAAGCUGACUGUCUGGGAGCCGGCCAGUGAUUGGCCCAGCCUAAUAAAGGCUGAACACUUUGAUGGACACUCAUAAAGGGACAUCCAGAGGACAGCAAGUGGAUUAUUGCAUCGAUAUCACUCCUCCCCGUCCCUAAUACAGUUGGAUAAGUGGAGAGAAAAGGAAUGAAGGACAUUAAUUCUUCAGCUCUAAUCAUUUAACAGCCUACAUGUCUUCGUUAUAUGAAUGUUUUGUUGUGUGAGGAACAUUAAUGCACCCCUGAGUAGUUCCAGAUGUACUCACACCCCUAACAUGGAGUAUGUAUGAUGUUCUGUGCGUCUUGGGUGGGUUUUUAUGACUGUGUGAGGGUGCAUGUAAUUGUUAUUGUGUCUUCUUUGUUAGGAGAAUAUCAUCCGCUAUCAUUCGCCUCCUACCCUAACAUUGUGAAACGCGUUUCUUUUCUUUGGGUUUUUCUUUUUAGUUGUGAAGCUGUUUGGGCUACAAUACAUUUAUUUUUCAUUGGUGGAAGUUAGAACAUUCCAGAAGGAAAUAAACAUGGACUUAAAUAAGUGCUGCAUAUAUUGUGUGAGCUUUCUCAUUUUUGCACAAAGAAGAUAAAAAAUAAAUUGGAAGUGUUCUUUC